AUGAAUGGCGAUAAAAACCAGAUUAAUGAAAUAAUUAAUAAUUUGAAGAAAGGCCCCUUAGAUGCCAACGUUGAGGUCAUUAUAGGUGUACCUGCUAUUUACCUCUCAUAUGUGAAAAGUAUUGUGCCUGAUACCAUAUGGGUAGCAGCCCAAAAUUGCUGGAAGGCACCAAAGGGAGCUUUUACUGGCGAAAUUUCUCCGGCCAUGUUAAAAGAUAUUGGUGUGAACUGGGUUAUCCUUGGACACUCUGAGAGGAGGACCAUUUUUGGUGAAAAAGAUGAUUUAGUUGCAGAAAAGGUAGCCCACGCUCUUGAGUCAGGUUUGAAGGUGAUUGCUUGCAUUGGUGAGACUUUGGAGGAGAGGGAAGAAGGAAAGACUGAGGAAGUAGUCUUUAGGCAGACAAAAGCAUUAGUGCCUGCAAUUGGUGAUAAGUGGACCAAUGUGGUGCUGGCAUAUGAGCCUGUAUGGGCUAUUGGAACAGGCAAGACCGCCUCUCCGCAACAGGCACAAGAAGUGCACGCUUCAUUGCGAAACUGGCUGAAAACUAAUGUGGGUGCUGGUAUUGCCUCGUCUGUACGAAUCCAAUAUGGCGGCUCCGUUACGGCUGCUAAUGCUAAAGAGUUAGCUAGCUGCCCCGAUAUAGAUGGUUUCCUAGUGGGAGGUGCCAGCUUAAAGCCGGAGUUCGUUGAUAUUGUCAACGCCACUAAG